CUGAAAAAUUGGCCUCGGGUGGGGCGUGCGACGCGAGGGGCGAACCGUUGCGGCAGUCUGGCUUCGACCACGCCAGCGCUCGCGUCGCAUUCCCCCGACACUACACAAGUGCAGUGCUAACACACAAAAAGGCCUAAGUACACAACGAAAACAUUACGGACUUCGAUUUUUUUCAAUAAAUCUUCGAUUAAACGUGUUUUUUGAUAAGAUAAUUUGUUGAUAUAACGUCUCAGUCGUGUCUUGUUCGUGCCGAGUGAUCGAUCGCGGAUGAUUAACGUUUUAAAAAAAUCUUUUUUAUUUUUAUUUUUUAUUGUCGAGUGCAUUUACCAAGUUUCAUAGUCAGUGCGUUCGUAUACAUUUGAAAGUUUGGAUUUUGACGUAAAUAGAUAACGAAAAAAAGAACGUCAAAAUGUCACCAACCAGCAACUAGCGAAACGCAACAAAGCAACCGCAAAAAUGUCAAUACACACACGAAAAAGGUUGAUGCGGUGACUAAAUACUUUUGGCUCAAAGAAAAAGAAACGAAUUAAGAUGGCGUUGCUAACGAAUUCGGCGUCGGCUACAGGACCGACGGCCGGCGGGCCAACGGCACCUCAGGCCCACUCCGCGACGCCUCUACAUCAUUACUUUCACUAUUUGAAACAGCCAUCUCCUUUGGCACAGAAUCCUUAUGCCCACCAUUCAAGUGCGCACCAUAUGGGAAUGGGCCCAGGCCCUUUAGGCGGUUUAGGCCCAUUCGGUCUCACCCCACACGGAUUAGAAGCUGUUGGAUUUCCACAAGAUCAAUAUGAAAAACCAUGGAGCUGGAGUGUGAAUCCUAGAAAACAAAGACGAGAGAGGACAACAUUCACUCGGGCACAGCUCGACGUUUUAGAAGCUUUAUUCGGGAAGACAAGGUACCCUGACAUCUUCAUGAGGGAAGAGGUCGCGCUGAAGAUCAAUUUACCCGAGAGUAGAGUACAGGUCUGGUUCAAGAACCGAAGAGCAAAAUGUCGACAACAACUACAGCAGCAGACGAACACACAGAUAUCCAGUAAAUCCACGUCCAGCUCGAAGACAUCAGUCGCGAACAGCAACAUCAAAGCUUCCACGAGCUCCUCAAAGAUAACCACAUCAAAAUCCCUCACCAGUUCUUCAAACGUACCUACUACACAGAACUCUAGUAUCACGACAUCUUCUCCAAACCUCCCUAUAACUCCUACCACUUCUGUCAGUCCUCCUAUCAAUGUUAUCUGCAAGAAGGAGUCUGCAGGAUCGAACUAUGAAAGUUCACCGCUGAAUAAAAAUAAUAGUCUAACUUCUCUAUCCCACUACAACUCCAAUGAGCUGAGAAUAAGUGGUGGCAAAGAGUCCUCCCCUUCAGAACCUGUGUCCAACAUUCACGGUUAUGGAGUCACUCCUAAGCAGGAGCUGUACAGCAGUCCGAAGAGACUGGACUACUCCAGCAAGUUGGACUACUCCGAGAAGUUCGGCAGCAACCUGGUUAAAGACCAAUACAGUUCCCGAUUGACGGGUAACCUCACUCCUCUGGGGUCCAACUCCUCAAUCAUGACCACCCCAUCCCCUCCUAUUACUCCUCAGAGUAUAAACGGACCAGGGAACGUGUACCACCCGGAUAGUUACAACAGUUUCCAUUGGCCGGGUAGUUCUGAUUACAUCAGGAGUUACUCGACAUCACACCACCAUCAGGGCUAUGGGCAGAGCGCGUACAAUUCGCCAUAUUAUCCUAGUCAGAUGGAAUAUUUCAACGGUUCCUCGGUGAACCAAACGCACGGCAGUCACCAUGGUCACAACCUGACUGCCAACGGCAACCAGCUAUACAACCAAGUAUCCUUCGGCAACCCCUCACCACCAGGGGCCUGGGCAUCACACCACAACAUCCUAUCUUCAGGUCCAGAGUCGCCAGAAAACCAGUCCCAAAACUCACCGCACUUGAGCAUGCUUCAAGCUUCACAAAUAACGAACUUUUCAAACACGGGGAACAGUUAUUUCGCGCCAGAAAAGUAUGGUAUAAAUAUGGUUUAGUACAUCUAGUCCUUUAUUUUGUAGUUGUACAUAUGUCUGUAUAGUGGUGUGCGAGGACGAUCGAAAAGGAGUUUGUAUGUUUUUGGGACUCUUUGCUUUUUUUGACAUCUGUCAGAUACGUUUAGUUAUCAUCGAGAGGCUUAUUCGAUGUUUGAAACAGCUAUUCUCUCGUAUUUUUCUUUAUUUUCAUUUUUUUAUUUUAUACUCAAGUAUUCUUUAUUUACUUUUACUUUAAUAAAAUAUGAAAGUUUAUAAAAAUACGAUGUAAGUACAUAUCAUACGACGUGUUGUUAUAACGAAACAUACAAAUUCAAUUUCAAUCGUCCGUAUUUACUUCAAAUGUAGAAAAGCGUUGUUAAACAUUGUAAAUUAUUAUUUUUAACAAGACUUGCUACCAUAUUAGGUACUGAAAAAUAAGAAUACAAGUUAUUUAUUAAACAAUUAAAACAAUACGACGGCAAGUCUUGUUGAAACUAAAAUUUACAAGAGAUACUUAAAUUAAUUUUACAUCAAACGCAAUUUUAAAACGAUUUUCAACGAAAUCUUUGUCGAGAGGCCUAAUUUAAAACGAAGGAGGUACUAUUGUAUAGUUUAUCUAUUACUAAUUUAAAAUAAACGUCAAAAACAACAAAUGAAAGCAAAUUUCAUUUUUUAUUGUAAAAAAAUUUCGGCGUUCAAAUUAAGAAUUGUGUAUCUAAAGUUUUUUUCUGACUUGCUUCCCUGCGCCCGUCUAUAAACACCUGAAAUCAUAUCACAUUAUUAUAUUUAAUAAAAAAGGAGUUACUUAGGAUACAUUUAGUGAGGAAAUUCGCUAAAUUAACGAAAUAAUUUAAACGUUACUUGUAUUGAAACGAAAAACUACAAAUUU